AUGGCGAUCCCGGAGUCUUCCACUUCGGCGUCCACAACAACCCCGUCGCUCACUCGGGUUGACGCCCGAGACGCCUCGACCACGGCCGACCUGGUGCAAGAGAUUCUCGAACGAGACGGCGCCGUCAUCGUGACGAACCUGCUCAGUCGCGAACAGGCCGAGCAGAUCCGGCGCGAUCUCAAACCGCACUUCGACGCCGACGGGGGCGACAAGAGCGGCUUCUUCCCCAACACCACGCGGCGCGCCAUCGGCCUGCUGGGCAAGUCGGCCACGUGCGUGGACCUGGCUCUCAACCCGCUCUUCAACGAGGUUGCGGCGCGGCUUCUGACCUCAAAGUUCGAGUACUGGAUCGGCCAGGAGAGACAGGUGGCCGUCUCCAAGCCCCAGAUCUCCAGCACCGUCGGGUUUCAGGUCAACCCGGGCAGUCGGCAGCAGGGGCUCCAUCGGGACGACAUCGACUACCACGUACGGGAGGGACAUGAAUCCGUGCUGAUUGGGUGUGUGGCCGCGACGGUCAAGACCACGCGCGAGAACGGCGCGACCAUCAUCAUCCCGGGCUCUCAUCUUUGGAAGGACGACCGCUGCCCGUAUGACCAUGAGGCCGUGCCGGCUGAGCUGGAGCCCGGCGAUGCCACCUUCUUUCUCGGGAGUACAUACCACGCGGGCGGUGCCAAUCAAACGACGGACCAGGUUCGGGAGACAGUGGGUAUCUUUCUUACAAAAGGGAUGUACCGCCAAGUCGAGAACCAAUACCUGACGGUCCCGCCCUCGGUGGCCUCGUCGCUGCCCAAAAAGGCCCAACGCCUGCUCGGGUACGGCGUGAGUCCCCCCUUUUGCGGCUUCGCGGGGGACUACAAGGACCCCAUGCAGGAGCUGUUCGGGGUCGUCGAUGCGGAGACGGUUGUGCUCUGA